AGCUGGUGCCGUGGGACCUCCGUCCGCUGAGGCAGCUGCCAAAGCACCCGCUGAGGCGGAUCAAUAUCACCUCCUAAACUUUAUAGAAGAAGGUGAUAUGAUGCAUUUCCACAAUGUUGACGUCAUGGUGACGAGGAAAGCCUGGGACGACAGCAUCCUGAACAAGGACGUAAGGCCAAGCGUCGCUGUCAAGAACCUGGCCGUUGCUUUGUGGGGGUCUAGUGUCCUUGUGCAGAGAACUGUUACUGGGGCGGCGUCGAACGCCAAUACCAACAAGGACAGCAGGCCGCCUUUGACGCCCAGGAAAGUGGCAUUCCUAAGAGAAUGCCUAGUGAUGAAGCUGCGGGGCGAAAACCAGCAUCCAGAUGCCAUCGGAGUGAUGUCAACGACUGCGAAAAUCAACCAUAUCCGGGGGAAAAGAUAA